GAGGCGGCGGCGGCCAUGGCGGCAGACGGAGAGCGAUCCCCGCUGCUCUCCGAGCCCGUCGACGGGGGCGCCGGCGGCAACGGGCUCGUGGGGCCGGGCGGGAGUGGGGCCGGGCCCGGGGGCGGCCUGACGCCCUCCGCGCCGCCGUACGGAGCCGGUAAACAUGCCCCGCCCCAGGCGUUCCCCCCGUUCCCCGAGGGACACCCGGCCGUGCUCCCGGGCGAGGACCCGCCCCCCUACUCGCCCCUGACCAGCCCGGACAGCGGGAGUGCCCCGAUGAUCACCUGCCGUGUCUGCCAGUCUCUCAUCAACGUGGAAGGCAAGAUGCAUCAGCAUGUAGUCAAAUGUGGCGUCUGCAAUGAAGCCACUCCAAUUAAGAAUGCACCUCCAGGGAAAAAAUACGUCCGAUGCCCGUGUAACUGUCUCCUUAUCUGCAAAGUGACUUCCCAGCGGAUUGCCUGCCCUCGGCCCUACUGCAAAAGAAUCAUCAACCUGGGGCCUGUGCAUCCAGGACCUCUGAGUCCAGAACCACAACCUGUGGGUGUCAGGGUCAUCUGUGGACACUGCAAGAAUACUUUCCUGUGGACAGAGUUCACAGACCGAACCUUGGCCCGUUGCCCUCACUGCAGGAAAGUGUCAUCUAUUGGGCGCAGAUAUCCACGAAAGAGAUGUAUCUGCUGUUUCUUGCUUGGCUUACUCUUGGCCGUCACUGCCACUGGCCUUGCUUUUGGCACGUGGAAGCACGCACGGCGAUAUGGAGGCAUCUACGCGUCCUGGGCGUUCGUCAUCCUGUUGGCUGUGCUGUGUUUGGGCCGGGCCCUUUACUGGGCCUGUAUGAAGGUCAGCCACCCUGUCCAGAACUUCUCCUGAGCUCCACGAUGACCCACAGACUGUGCCUGGCCCCUCCCUGGUGGGGACAGGGACACUACAAAGGGAACCAUGGUCAAAGGCUCCCUCGGCCUCUAUGAGGGGAGCCAAGCAGCUGCCUUCCUUUUCCCUGGGGAGAGGUAGGAAGGAACCAGGCCCUCACCUAGGUUUGGAGGGGUGGAGAAGACCACUGCUGGCCAUCUGCUUUCCUCCAAGGGCUGCUGUGUUUAGGGUGUAGCAGGCAGGACGUUGCCCCUAAACCUGGGUCCUAAAAGAGGGUCCUAGCCUUGUCCUUCCUAAUAUGCUCCCUGAGAGCCAUUCCUGUCCCUUAAACAUUCCAGGGCAGGGUGGGGGUGGGUAGCCCUGGGGGUUCCCUCCCUCUUGUGCACCAUUAGGACCUUGCUGCUGCUAUUGCACUUCACCAGGGGCUGGCUCUGGCCUCAGUACCCUCAGUCUCCUCUCCCCCCAUUCCGGUGUCCUAGGGGGGUGGGGUCAGCCGCUGCUCUGUACAGAACUACAGGAACUGAUGUGUAUAUAAUUAUUUAAAGUGGGAUACGUUCCCCUAGUCCUGUAAUUUCCCUUAAUUCCUCCUUCCAACCUUACUCCCUAGUUGCGGUGUUGAACUGGGCUGGGUAGGGUUGCUCUGUCUUGGGAGAGGCUAGGGAGUCAUCCUGUGCUUGUAAAUAAAGAAGGUCGUGACUAUCCUUC